AUGAGCUCAGGGGACGUGGUUUGCACUGGAUGGCUCAUUAAAUCACCCCCCGAGAAGAAACUCAAGAGAUACGCAUGGCGGAAGCGGUGGUUCGUGCUGCGCAGAGGCCGCAUGAGCGGGAACCCCGAUGUGCUGGAGUACUACAGGAACAACCAUUCCAAAAAGCCCAUUCGGAUCAUCGACCUCAACGAGUGCGAAGUGCUGAAGCACUCGGGGCCCAACUUCAUUAAGAAGGAAUUUCAGAACAACUUCGUCUUCAUUGUGAGGACCACCUACCGCACCUUCUACCUGGUAGCCAAAACUGAGGAGGAGAUGCAGAUCUGGGUGCACAACAUCAGCCAGAUCUGUAACUUUGGACAUCUAGAAGAUGGCACAGGUUCGGUGGAGAGCCUGUCUCACACGACCUCGUCCCCGCAGCCGUCGCCGGCCGCCUCCACCCAUGCCUCCCGCAUCGCCGAUCCCUCCUUCUCAGUCGACCACACUGCUGCUGAUGCAUCUGCUGCGGAGGAGACCCCCAGCGAGUCAGAGUCAGUCUUCCUCCCCGACUACCUCUUCCUCUCCAACUGCGAGUCAGGCAAGCUCAGCCACAACAGGUAGGUCUGGGCUCUGCCAGAUGUGUGUGACAGCUGGUCGAAUUCGGACAGAUCUCUGGAGCAAACCUCGUCGGACGAUGUUUUUGUCGACUCCUUGCAGUCCCAGCCCUCCUUGUACCUUGUACAGCCAUCCAGCACUGGCACUGUGCACCAGGAUGGGGCCCUGGUGCCAAAUCCCAGCACUGUGUCCAGGAACAUAGACAUUAGCGGGCCACCCAGUGACUUUUCCUCCUCUUCUCCACUGCUGGGGACUCCACUGACACCAACCUUUCAGAUUGACUCUCCGGCCGAGCCCGUGCCCUACGGUGUAACCCAGCUGGACAUCCUGUCCAACACACCCCCGCCACGGCCGCCCAAGCCAACCCACUUCUCAGAGAGGAGAGGGGAUGAGGUGGGCAGCAGGGCCCUCCAGAACGGGCACGCAGGGAUCUGCCGGGCUCAGGUUGCUCUGGUGCCCAGGAGGAUCUCCUUGUCCAGCUUGGACAACGUGAGGAACUGGAAAGCAGACAUGGAAGGCAGUUCCUUAAGAAGUCGGGAUAAGAGGCUUAGCCUGAAUUUGCCCUGUCGGUUCUCCCCUCUCUACUCGACUGCUUCGGACAGCACGGAGGACAGCUACGUGCCCAUGCGCCCCAGCACCUCUCCCUCUGCGCCCAGCUCCGACUGUUCACCCGACGGCUACAUCCCCAUGAGCCCUGGCUCAGCCACGUUUACCUUCCCUGUCGUCAGCACUGAAAAACUCACCAGCCCGUUACCUGAGCUUCCCUCAGACCUGGAGCCGCCUCCAGUGAACCGAGACCUCAAGCCUCGUAGGAAAUCACGGCCACCUCCUCUGGACUUGAGGAACCUCUCCACAAUCCGGGAGCAUGCUGCCGUGACCAGGAUGUGGACUGUGCCUUACAAUCGAAUGAGCUUUAUCUCACCAGAAAGAGACGGUAUUAAUUCAGCAAGAAUAUUUGCCAAUUCAGUUUCCGGAGAAGAGGAAGAAAGUUACAUUCAUAUGGAGGAACACAGACAGGCAACAUCUCCAUACAGUGGUGCUUUCCCAUGGACAAGGAAAUCUAACCUUGAUUACUUAGCAUUGGAUUUUAAUUCUGCUUCCCCAUCCCCUGUACAGAAGAAACCUUUUCUCUCUGAGGAGCAGAGAGUGGACUAUGUCCAGGUAGAUGAACAGAAGACUCAAGCUUUACAGAACACUAAGCAGGAAUGGACAGAUGAGAGGCAAUCGAAAGUCUAA